GUAUAAAAUAAUGAGCUUCGCCAGAGAAUCUUAGCAAUAUUUAUACACAACUUCAUUCGAGGGGGCAGCCAAGAAUAAUGAAUUCCGGCGAGGAUACCCUGGCACCACAAAGUACGACCUCAUCGACCACUUCAACGGAUUCGAUUUGCGUAUCCGAUAAUAUGGGUGUCUUGAGCAAGGAUUUGGAAGGCAACAGCAGCAACGACGUUCCAUCCGUGACUUGUUACAGAACAGCACAUGUGUCUGCAGCUGUAUCAGGUGACUAUAAAUCUGACGAUGACGUAAGUGCGGAAAAUGAGAUCCGUGGCUUGACUGGUUUGUUCAAAGCUAUAGAUAUAGAUGACCCGGCAGCAAUAGCGAGGAUUGUUGUGGAAGAGGGCGUGGGUGUGGAGCGUUGUCAUAGUGACGAUAUGUGCACACCGUUAUAUAUGGCUGCAUCAAAGGGCAGUGUCAGGCUGGUGGAAUUACUGUGCCGAUUGGGCGCAGAUGUCAAUUCAAAAUCCAGAUCGGUUGGGAAUACACCACUGCACGUGGCUUCUUCGCUUGGGUUUGUACGUGUCGUUGAGAUACUACUAGACAACGGAGCGGAUGUGUCUGCAACGAACAAUUUAGGACAGACGGCUCUAUCAAUAGCGUCCACACAGGAAGUCGGUGCCUAUCUGACAUGGUGGGAGUGCGAGGCCUCGCCUACGAGUUUAAUAGCUGUCCCGUCAUUCGUUGACUCAUAUCGAACAUGGGUCGUGCAACAGGCUGUCAGUGCAGUAAGCACAGGGCUCGCUACUGGACUGGCAACGCUACCAACAAGCACGCAGAGUGAAAUCAAAAGCCGGGUUUCCAGUAUAGAUAUGGAGAUGCUCAGUUUCGCGGGUGUACGCGCUUAUGUCGCUGAACGGCCCCGCCUGUGGCUACUGGGGACGCCCGAUGACUAUGAAGAUGAUCUGUAUGCUGGGGCAGGAAGGGAAUCGGCUGUGAGUUCUGAGAUAAGAAAGUGGGAAACCGGCACCGCAUUUACAGCUUCGACAAAGAGUUCCGUCGGUCCGUUGAAUGGGCCAAUGAAUGCACAACCGACAAUUUCUGAGAACUUUGAAAAGUCUAAAAGCGACAAGGGCAAAUGUGAUAAAGAAGAUAGCGUUCUACAAGAUCAGAUAUGUAAGGUAGCUAUGCUCUUGGGGUGUGCUCCAUCGAAGCUGCUCUUCUCGUCUAUGGUCCGGAGUGACGGGAGUACAGCCGCCCACCUCGCUGCGAACAUCGAUGCGGAACGAGUAUUGGAGCAGCUGUUUACUGUGAAAGGCGCUGAAGUGAAAGUGAAUACGAAACGCAGGGAUGGUCAGACUCCUCUACAUGUUGCAGCUUACAGGGGCAACGCACAUUGCUGCGCGAUUCUCCUUCUACACGGUGCCAGCCUCAAUACGCACGACAGCAGCUCGCGGACAGCACUCCAUCUAGCUAGUAGUAGGGGACACGUGCACAUAGUCGCAGUCUUGUUGAGACACGGUGCAGAUGCGAAUGCCCAGGAUACCAAUGGCAACACGUGCGCGCAUGUGGCCGCUGUAAAUGGCCAUGAUCGCGUGCUUGAUGUGCUCGGUGACGAGGGCGCUGAUGUCAAUGUGCUCAAUAAUCAGGGCAAGACGCCGCUGGACUGUGCGGUAGCGCUGUCGCAGCAGAACGUGGUUGAUUUGCUGAAAGGUUCGUAUGCUGGGCUGCGUGGGAAGGAGGUGAGGGCGCAAGCGGUUAAGGGGGAGAGGGGUAUGAUUAUGAGUGCCUUCGACAAUAUGAUCGAUGCUGCAUACGAACGGCUUUUGCCAGACGCGGUGAAGAGUGUGUUUGCACUCUCUGAGACUAUGAACAAACUUAAGGGGACAAGCAACAAGAAGGGGAAGGGCAUGUCACAGAUGCGAUCGGCCACGGAUCCGAGCGAGAUAGAGAGGAGGAAAGAACGGGUCGAAAGGCUAUUUGCGCGCACAAGCAGGAUUUUGGUAUUAACCAUGGCAGUGGCUGUGAGUGUCGUAACGGUGGCUGUGAGUAUGACUGGGAUCUCCGUGAUUGGUGUUAGUUUGAUGGGUGGUGUAGACAACGAAACAUUGAUCUGGGUGGUCAGCGUAUGCGUGGUGCUAGGCGCGCCUGUGGUCACAUAUCUCUUGUACAAACUAUAUGCGAUGUUAAAUGUCGAUGAGCAGAGUAUAAGUGCGCAACCCAGUUCUAGUGGUGUAUCGUCAUCGAUCAGGUCAGGGAAGCAAACGGAGAAUACAGCAAAUAUUCCUGCGAGGACACGACCUCGUUCCACAAAUAAAGCGGUUAAGUAGAAACAAGGGUCAGGUGUGAAGGCAUGUGUAAAUUGUGUCUAAGUGAGAGGACUUUUUCUUUUCAGAUCCGAUACAGUUCAAUUGAGCGGAAACCUCACAAUGGGCACACAGGAUUUUUUUUCU